UCAGUAUCUUUAAUCUUCACCAAAGAGUAGCUAAAGUUAUUUUAUGUAACGUUCUCAAUAGGAAGCCAAUGACUAAAUGUUCUCUAAUGCCAUUAUUUUCUAGAUCUGAACCAAAAGCUUCCUAGGUAUUUUGGUAAUAUAGUGGACUUCCACUAUAUUAUUCAGAUUCAGUACUUUCUUCAAAAGAAUACUUGCUAAUGAUUUUGGCAGUAACUUAACAAAUUUUUAUUUUCUUAAAAGGGUAGAACUAAGACAUAUCAAGAUUUAAAACAUAGAUACUUUGGAACAUUCAGAAGAGCAACAUGGGAGAAACUGAGAAAAGGAUUGAAGCCCAUAGAAUAAGAUGCCUUUCCAAGUUGAAGAUGUUUUUGUUGGCAAUAACAUGUGCAUAUGUAUCCAAAACACUUUCUGGAUCUUACAUGAAUUCCAUGCUUACACAAGUAGAGAGACAGUUCAACAUCCCGACAUCUCUGGUUGGAUUUAUUAAUGGAAGCUUUGAGAUUGGAAAUCUUUUACUGAUUAUAUUUGUGAGUUAUUUUGGGACCAAACUGCAUAGACCUAUAAUGAUUGGUGUCGGAUGUGUGGUCAUGGGCUUAGGGUGUUUCUUACAAUCGCUACCUCAUUUCCUCAUGAACCGAUAUGAAUACGAAUCUACAGUUUCAGUUUCAGGCAACGUGUCCUCAACCAGUUUCUUGUGUACGGAAAAUGGAACCCAGGUUUUAAGACCAACACAAGAUCCAUCAGAGUGUAUGAAGGAAGUUAAAUCAUUAAUGUGGGUGUAUGUACUAGUAGGAAAUAUUAUACGUGGAGUGGGCGAAACUCCCAUCAUGCCUUUGGGUAUUUCCUAUAUAGAAGAUUUUGCCAAAUCUGAAAACUCUCCUUUAUAUAUUGGGUUUAUAGAAACAGGAGCUAUCAUUGGUCCUUUGAUCGGACUUUUGUUAGCAUCGUUCUGUGCAAAUGUUUACGUAGACACUGGAUCUGUGAACACAGACGAGCUGACCAUAACUCCCACGGACACUCGCUGGGUUGGUGCCUGGUGGUUUGGCUUUUUGAUCUGUGCAGGAGCGAAUGUGCUCACUGCCAUUCCCUUUUUCUUUUUGCCCAAAACACUUCCAAAGGAAGGUCUAGAGCAUGAUGUGGACAUAAUUAAAAAUAACAAGGAAGAGAAACAAAGAGAAGAGGUCAAGAAGCAAAAGGAUGGAAUCACUAAAGAUUUUUUACCGUUCAUGAAAAGCCUUUCAUGCAACCCAAUUUACAUGCUUUUCAUACUUAUAAGUGUGAUACAGUUCAAUGCAUUCGUUAAUAUGAUCUCUUUCAUGCCUAAAUACCUGGAACAGCAAUAUGGAAAAUCAUCUUCGGAUGCAAUCUUUCUAAUCGGUAUUUAUAACUUACCUCCAAUAUGCAUUGGAUAUAUUGUUGGUGGUUUAAUUAUGAAGAAGUUCAAGAUCACUGUCAAACAAGCUGCCCACAUAGGAUGUUGGUUAUCCUUACUUGAGUAUCUUCUCUAUUUUUUAAGUUUUUUCAUGACAUGUGAUAAUUCACCAGUUGCUGGCAUAACUACCUCUUAUGAAGGAAUUCCAAAAGAUUUAUAUGUGGGAAGUGACAUCCUUGCUGCCUGUAAUAUGGAUUGCAACUGUCCAACUAAAACAUGGGACCCUGUGUGUGGAGCCAAUGGCUUGUCAUAUAUGUCGGCUUGUCUUGCUGGUUGUGAAACAUCUGUUGGAGCAGGAAUAAACAUGGUGUUCCAAAACUGUAGCUGCAUUCAUACGUCAGGAAACUCAUCUGCGGUUCUGGGUCUGUGUGACAAAGGACAUGACUGUUCCAUGAUGCUCCAGUACUUUCUGAUUAUGUCAACAAUUAGCAGUUUCAUUUAUUCUUUAGCUGCCAUCCCUGGAUAUAUGGUUCUCCUGAGGUGUAUCAAGUCUGAAGAGAAAUCUCUUGGUGUGGGAGUACAUGCAUUUUGCACACGAGUAUUUGCUGGCAUCCCUGCACCUAUAUAUUUUGGUGCUUUGGUGGACUCCACAUGUUUACAUUGGGGAACUUUGAAAUGUGGUAAGCCAGGAGCAUGCAGGAUAUAUGAUUCCACCAACUUCAGAUACAUCUACCUUGGAUUGCCAGCAGCACUGAGAGGCUCAAGCUUUAUUCCAGCCUUUUUAAUCCUAAUUCUUUUGAGGAAGCGUCAUCUACCUGGUGAAAAUGCCUCUCCGGGAACUGAACUUGCAGAAACAAAGGUCACAGGGAAGGAAAAUGAGUGCAAAGAUGUGCACCAGAACUCCAAGUUUUCAAAUGACAAUGAAUUUAAAACUAAAUUGUAAUGUCCUAGUCUAUCAUCCUUUUCAGAACUGGAGAAUUCACUACCCAAAUUGUUUGUCUUGAAAAUCAAUAGUGGUACUGCAGGUAAACUUUAAAAAUUGUUUUCCACUCCAGAUAAAAAUAUUCACUACUGGUAUCUCCAAGGUUUCAAAGCAUUUGAGAUUCUCCUAGGAGAGACAUUUCUAACAAACCACUAAACCAGAUGUUAGAUCCAGCUUUAUAUUUAUGUUAAAAUAGCAAUUUCUCUUUGAGCUCACAAAAAGUAAGGGCCCACAUUUCCUUUUCUAAAUAGUCCUACAAAUUAUCUGUAAUGAAAGUUGAUUUAAUUCCACUGAGUUUGUGCUUUGUUAUUAGGAUUAUGAAGAGACUGAAAUUCUCAUCCUGCUUAUGUGAACAUUUACAUAUUUUUUUUGAAUUUAUCACUUCCAUGUGAAAAAUGUCUCUAUUUUAUUGUAUUUAGGAAUUUUUCCUUAGCUCACUCUUCCCAUUCUGGACACAAUUCUUUUUAUAAUAGAUUACUCAUUAAUAUGCUGUUGCUUGCUUUUGAUUCUUUCUCUCCUUUAUUACUCAUGUAAUAUUUUUGGUUAUUUUGUUCAGAGUACUGACAAACUUUAAUCAGCCUAUUAAAAAUCAUGCAGCAAAGAUUGUUGGAUUUUUUUUUUUUUUUAGGAGUUCAAAUCUGGUGACAAAACUCUUUCUUAAAAACAAGAAUCUGAGUCAAAACAUGAAAGGACAAUAUUAGAAAAACUUUGGUCCUUAAUGGCUGUGUGUAGUGUAAGAUUUUGUCAAAAAAAAAAAAGAAAAGAAAAGAAAAAACAAACAAAAAACAAAACAAAACCCAUUCCCAGAUUCAGGAUGACAAUAGUUAGUUAUGCCACCUGCUGUGUCCUAAGUUAGAACACAAACAAUACUUUUCCAAAAAUAAUCUUAGAAAAUGAAACUUAUAAAAAAAAGUAGCUUCUGUUUUGAACUGAAGUUAAUAAAGUUCCAGAUACAUAUUAAAAACUAAGCCUAAUCUACUCACAUUAUUAUUUUGUAAAUAUGAAUAAAAUCAAUGAGUAAAAGGAUUUUCGAGUACCAGAGGCCUUACGGACAAUAUAGGGCUUCUGGUACAAGAGAGUAAAUGAAAAGAUGCAUUUCUGCUUUGUCUCCUACUUAUUCUCCCUUCUGUUGAAAUGAUAGUCAAUACACACAAAUAAUGGUGAAGCGCAGGCAGGAAUGAUGGGGAAAUGCUGUAAUUAUUUUUGUGCAACAUGAAGAGGAUGAGAGUGUCCCCAGGACUAGAGCAGAGUGGAGGAAGCUGUAAUCCAGCAUGUGCUUAGAAGCUGCCUGGAAUGUAAGAAGGGAACUCUGUGUUGCCAGUUCAGAGAGUAUGAGUUGGUAGCUGGAUAGGAACAAGGCAGAUAAUUGAAGAUUUUGUACAGAUUAUUUUACAAGCCAAUAUGAUUUACUGAAUGAUUGGAUGUGUAAUAGAAAAAGAAAGCAACUGAGAUGAGAAAGACUGGGUAGAAUGGGUUUGGGGGGAGGGAUUAAGAGUAAAGUUUUAAGCUCCUGAAGUUUGGGACUUUAUCUCUGGGUGUGUUAAAUGUAACCAAGAUUUAAGACAAAAGGUAGACUUGAAGCAUGAGGGAGGAGCUAACAUCACUGGAAAAGGAGACUGUAACUUGGGUAGGUAUGCCAGCAGCAGUGUGGUAUAGGGUCAUGUCAUAGCAGCUUCUGCAUGAGAAGGUCUCAGGGAAGCAGAUUUUGCUGAGUGUGCAAUGGUGAGGAGUACACUCAUUUAUGAAUCAGAGCCUGAGAGAAAAAACAGAGACUAAGUGGUGUGCAGAAAUUAGAAGAAGGAGAAUGAGAGAUAACUCGCAAUUCUAGGGUGUUUUGGGUGACUGACAAACAAGAGCAAAGGACAGAAUGAGAUUAGUUCUGAUGGAUACAAGGCAGACAGCAUCAGUAAAACUGUGGGUGUCAAAAUUAGGAGAGGUGAGGACUUGGCUCCCUGGUGACUCCUUGUCAGGGGGGUGAAUUGGAUAAGCUGAAACUUACUUGAACACUUGUGGCCACUUCUAGACCCCAUCUGAUAGGGUUGAGAUGAUUAGAGAAAGCUGAGUCUUAUUCUGAGGACAAUUCACCCAGUUGAACUCCUCAAUUGAAAAUUAUAGGCCCUGUUUGAAAUAGGACUUUGGGUUCACUGUUGUCCCUCCUUGGGGGAGAUGGCAUUUUACUGAGCAUUGGCUUCUCUCUGGACACUUCUCGGUAGGAGAAAGCAGGUCAGACAAAACGGGUGUUGGAGUGCAUUGGGACCCCUCAUAACCUCUGUGGUUGGUGUCCAUGAGGCCUGAGGAGAUCAGUUCUUAUUCUGAGCACUUGGUCUACCCUCCUCAGAGCACUUCCUGUGUUGUCUUUCAUGCCUGGGCUUGUUGCCUCUUGAUUACAAGAUGGCCACUGCUCCCUGAAGCCUAACCUUCACAGUUCAGAAAGGAAGAAGAAAAAAGUCUUUUCAGAAAGCUUUAUCAUUUUAUUUCAGGGAGAAAUUCCUUUCCAAUUAGCAAGGUUCAUUGGCCUUGCCCUAAACUAUAACCAUUGUGCCUGCAGCUAGCAGCAAAGAGCACAUUCUUUUAUUUGCUUCUUUUAGUCCCUCAAUAAGAACUGGAUUGUUGUCAUUUCCCACCAAGACUUGCCUUGAAAGUUUGUGCAAAAACUCUGAUUAUAUAGUAACAUGUCAACAAUGUUUGAAUUAGUAUUUUUAUUUGUUGUUCUGUAACUCAGAGAGCAGCAGCCAUCUUAUAACCAGGAGGCCAUAAGCAUAGGGAUAAAAGAUGACACAGGGAAGGCGGGUGAUCUGGAGGCUGCUAUGCCAUGGAAUGCUGGACAUCUGCCACCAGCAGGGUUGAGCUAAGUGUUGCAAAGUUUUAAGCUUAUAAAAUUUGAAGGGAAGGUCUAUAUAAAAAAUUCCAAAUUCCAAAUAAAUACAAAAAGGAGUUAAAAAGUAAAUAUUUACUUAGAAUGGGAAAAAAUCACAACAAAUUCCAUGUGAUAUAGUUCAGGACACAAUCAUAAUUUUAAAAAAAACUUAUGGCAAACAUAGUUGAGUGGGAAAUGUUAAAAAAUUUCCCAUUGAUGUCAGGAGUGAGAAGAUAAAGUCUUGUCCUAACAUUUCUAUACAACACUAUACUGGAUGGCUUAGCUAGGGAAAUGGUAGAAAAGAAAAGAAUCAAAAUUUGUGAAGAUAAGAAAAUAAAUAUUAACAUGUCAGUGACAUUUUGUAAUGUCACUACAUAUAAACUGGCAAAAUUAACGAGUUAAUUUUAAGAAGUUAACUGGAUACAAGGGCAUUAUAUGAAAUCAAAUGUAGUUUUUCCUAAAUCAGUAGCAAUUAGAAAAUAAUAUUAGUAAAGCAUGCUACACUAAUAAUAAGUAGUAUUACUAUUUAAUCAGUGUAGUAUUAAAAAAAACCAUUGAAAUGCAAGGAGUAAAUCUUAUAACAGGUGUCCAAACUAUAAAAUAUUAUUUAAAGAAAUUAAUACCUAUAUCAUGCUCAUUAGUGAAAGACUUGAUAUUAUAAGGGUAUUGGUUCUCCAAAAAAUUUAACUAUGAGUUCAGUCAAACAAAAUCCUAGUAUUAUUUUAAGUGUGGAAAUUGACAAGCUUAUUUUAGCCUUCACAUUGAAAUGCAAAAGUUCAAGAAUUACAAAAACAAUAUUGAGGAAGAAUGAAUGUAGAGAAGCCUACUGCUGGAUAUUAAGUCCUAUAAAGCUAAGGUAGUUGAGGCAGUGGGAACUGGCAAUGGAGCUCUCACCUUGUAGGUGUCUCCUUCACUCCACUCAGAGCCAACACUAUGUACAUGGCUGCUCUCCAACCCAGGUACCCUUUCACCCUACUCAGCUUCCAGCAUGUCAUAUCAGAUGUCUGUCUUGCUUCCCCUACAUGGCUAUCUCCCUCACCCAAGUCAGACUUUGAUGCCCAAGCCAGGAUUCCCCACAAGCAGAUGUCCACCUUGCUCUCUAUGAUGGUUAAUUAUAUAUGUCAACUUGGCUGAGCCAUUGUACCCAAAUUUUUGGUCAGAUGUUAUCUAGAUAUUUCUGUGAAGGUAUUUUUAAUAUAAGAUCAAUAUUUAAAUCAGUAGACUUUGAGUAGAACAGAUUACCUUCCAUAUUGAAGGGCCAUAAUAGAAAAUUAGACUAAUCCAGGGCAUUUUUUUGUUGGGAGGUUUUUAUUGUUUCUUUGAUCUC